AUGGAGACCCUGAAAUUUGCAAAUAUCUUUCCUACCAGCUUGGCUCCAUUUGUCCUCAAUUACGUCACCACUUCGAUAUUGGUUGCCGCUGUAGUUACGAUACUUAUUCUCAGUCGAAAACGCAGCCAAAUUCCUCAUGCCAACCCUACACCAUGGUUUUAUCCGACAACUAUAAAUCAAUUGGAUGCUGUUAAAAACGCCAUAAAGAUCCCAUUCCGAAUGAUUAACUAUAACGGAGAAAUGCUUGUUCUUCCAGCACGCUAUCUAGACGCUAUCCGGAACGACGAAAAUCUAAGCUUUUCGAAAGCGAUCGAGCUUGACUUCCACUCCCAUGUUCCAGGAUUCACACCUCAAGGACUCAUAGGCCAUCAGGGAAACGUGUUACAAAACCUUGCUAGAAGACCACUUACAAAACUACUUAAUACUAUCACAAAGCCGCUAGCUUCUGAAUCUCUCUUCGCAGUUAAGGUCGUCUUAGGCAAUCCUACUGGCAAUCCUACUGAUUGGCAAGAAACCUUUAUCUUCGACUCUAUGCUAAGCAUUAUCGCCCGUCUUUCAUCACGCGUUUUUCUAGGCGAAAGACUUUGUCGCGACGAAGACUGGCUUAAGGUUACGAAGUUAUAUACCGUAGAGAUGUUCCAUGCUUCGUUUCAAUUAACGCUCGUGCCCCCUAGUCUUCGGUUUCUCUUUGCUAUCUUCUCUAAACGAUGUAGAACUGCUUAUCAGCAUCUCCAGCACGCUCGGAAGCUAAUUACGCCUAUAAUUCAAGAGCGUCGUUUACUUAAAGAACAAGCAAGUAGAGAAGGAAAACCUAUUCCAAAGUUUAAUGACGCUAUUGAAUGGGGCGAAGUAGAAUGCAAUGGUAUCAGCUAUGAUCCUGCUGACCUACAACUCGGUCUUUCGUUUGCUGCUAUACAUACUACAUCAGACCUUCUAUCAAAGAUCUUAUUGCUCUUAGCUAGAGAACCUAAGCUAAUAGAUCCCCUCCGGGAAGAAAUAAUCCGUGUCCUAAACCAGGAUGGAUGGAGCAAAAACUCGCUGUUUAAUAUAAAGCUAUUAGACAGCACAAUGAAGGAAGCACAAAGAAUGUUACCUAACGAAAAGUUGGCCAUGCGCCGUAUCGCAACUAAAGAUAUAUAUAUACCAGAAGAGAACUUUACUAUUCGUAAGGGACAGUAUAUCAUGAUAGACGACAAUCACGGGGCAGAUCUACCCUUAAAUGACUGUUACAGUCUAGACAAAUUCGAUAUAUAUCGUUGGUUACGCUUACGAGAAACGCCUGAGUUUGCUAAUAAAGCACACUUUGUAAGCACGAGCCCAGAACACCUAGGAUUUGGCCAUGGAACGCAUGCCUGCCCUGGUCGCUUCUUCGCUGCCAACGAGAUCAAGAUUGCGCUUUGUUUUCUUCUUCUCCAAUAUGAUUGGGAACUGGCUCCUGGAACAACUGCUGAUCUGAGUCCUUUUGGACUUAGCUUCUUAGUCGAUCCAAAGAGUACUUUGAGGUACAGGAAGAGAGAAGCAGAGAUUGAUCUAGAGGCU